UGAUCCGGGCAAGCACAAAAUACGGUUUUAUAAGGUGGCGCGACGGCGUUUAUAACGGGGGGGUCGAGAAAUAAUAAAACUGCCAUCGAGCGUCGAGAGGGUGCAGCGGUGCGCGAGGGUGUGUGUUGAGACGCAAGCGGAUUGGGCGACAAAAAAAAAAGUGUUUACGGGACACAGAGGGGCCUCUUGGAUUGUCAAUGCAGUAUUUAUCCAACGAAUAUAUAUUGCUCCAAGUGUACGUGAAUUUUUUCGGUGGAGCGUUGAGGUUAUAUGGAUGAGAAAGUCUUGUUGUUGGGUACGGUGUGAGACUAGCUGUCACUUCGAUCGCCAUUUUAGCGCCGUUGAGCACGGGAAUGCGCGCCGCCGGUAGAUCCGAUUCACCACUGGAGGACAGUGAACGCGAGUGUGUGACUGUGAGACGUGUUCAUACGUGUUUUUAUUUGUCGUUUGUCGACAACAAUUAGGGGUUCAACGGGUGUGGUGAGAUAAAUCGGUACGUUUUUGAAGGGAGUUUGACAAGAAAAAAUAUUUCUGAGCACACCUAGAGAAUUCGUAAAUGAAAAAUAAUCUGGAAUAACAGGGAGUGAGAAGUGCCGGUUGUUUGUUUGAAGAAUUUCAAGUUUAAUUAUUUAUCAGUGUAUUGUGUAAAGGGUACGUUUUACGCCUGUCGUUUGUUUCAUUCUCCUUCGUUCUGCCCUUUUCUCCCCCACUUUGGCAAUAACCAGCAGUUCGAAACGCACUCGAGGGUUCGGUGGAUUCUCCAUAGACCAGACAAUUCUUUUUUUUCUGUUUUAUCGAGUUGGUGUGUACUCAGUGGACAAAUAUUGUAAUUGAAUAAUUGGGUGAAACGGUGGUGUCAUUCGAGUCAUGAUAGCUGUCAGUAAUAGAAAACAGGGUGGACUCGUGCCUCGUUGAUACGUACGAGUUUAACCUUACCUGAUAUUUUCAUUAUUUUGGGCUCAUGUGGGGGGCUCUUAUCCACGAGUGACGGCAUACAGCAUCGAUUAUCUCGAAUAUCUUCGAUCCGUGGGGUGGGAUCGACCUUUUAUCGUAGACAACCGGCGCGUCGUGACAAGAGAGAGUGAGAGAGCCACGAGGUUUUCCGCGUCGAGAGUUUCGAGUGAUAAAAUACGAGAAAACAGAUAAAGGGAGGAUCCGAGUGAUAGUGUGCAUAUCUGUGACCUUUUUUUAUAACAUAUAUCGUACGUUAAUCAAGCCAUGAGAUUUUUUAAUGAGUUUUUUUGUGAAGUGAAGUGAAUAUUUUUAUUUUAUUUAAUUAAAAUUGGUGGAUCGGUGCUACAACGGGGUGAUUAGUCGAAUUGAAGAAACGAAAGGAAAUUGUUUGGAGUUUUUCAUGUGUUAGUUGUCUCACACCGGAGUCUAGUGUUUGGGGUGACAGACAUCGGCCCAUCUGACGUAAUUAUUCGUUAGAAACAGAAUCAAACGGUUGUGGUGUGUUGACGAUUGGGAGAUCGUUCGUGGAAUUUUCUCGGAAUUGUCGGGAGGAUAUAUGUAAUAAUCGUAAAUAAAGUGAUACAUGAGUGUGUGGGUGAAGAGUACCGGUGGAGCUGUGUGAGGGUGGCGUGUUAUCGGCCACAGCGAAAUAUCCUAUGGUAAAAGUGCUUAAUCAGCUCCGUGGAUAAGGGGUUGUUACCUUUUCAAGUGUGUAAAGGAUCGAAGGCUACGGGGCAGCCCGAGAUGAUUCUGCGCGUCUGAAGGAGAGAAAAGGAGAGUACGACUCGACGAAGGAAAAGCGCUGGAGGCCGAAAGAAUAAGAACCACUGGUGGAUCUCCAAGAAAUUCCAUCUGCAAGUGGUGGAGGUGGUGGGGGGCGGGUAACCCGUCCCGUAGUAUAGUAAGGUAGUAUAGAAUAAUAGCAGAAUUGAGAAGAUUACCGGGGGACCAAAAAGAGAGUAAAGUGGAUAGCAAACGAUGAUGAGUAUUAAACUUGAAAUUCGAGGGCUAUCGCCUCUCGUAGCACUGAUAAUUGUCACAGCAAUUCUCCUCCAAGCGCCAAAAAUAAGGGCAACAUCAUCGGACAUCGUUCACCAAUUCUACGAUGCCGAUGUCCAACGGAUGAAUCAUCUAGUUGUGGAUAAAAAUACUGGACGUGUUUACGUUGGUGCUGUGAACCGUUUGUACCAAUUUUCCCCUGAUUUGAAUCUCGUUGUUAAAGUGGUAACAGGACCCCAGGACGAUGCACUGGCAUGUUCGAGUUUGGAUUGUCCACGUGAGGCUGUCAAAGGUCUAGUUGACAAUGUCAAUAAAGCACUUGUCAUUGAUUACACAACAUCACGACUAAUAUCGUGCAACAGUUUGUUUCAAGGUACAUGCGAUGUACGAAAUAUUCACAACAUCACUGAUGUCGUUCAGAAAGUCAAAGAGGCUGUUGUUGCUAAUAAUGCAACAGCAUCAACCGUUGCAUUUAUAGCACCAGGACCACCAAAUCCACCAGUGUCACAGGUUAUGUACGUCGGUGUAACGUACACUGGUAAUUCACCGUACAGGUCAGAAGUGCCAGCUGUCAGUUCACGUUCACUCGACAAAGACAAGAUGCUGAACAUUGCUGAAUCUGCAGUCACAACUGGCACCAGAAUUUACGUCAAUUCACUGUCACGUGAGCGUUAUCCCAUUAAUUACAUCUAUGGAUUCAGCAGUGAGGGAUUCAGUUAUUUCUUUACAACUCAGCUUAAGGAUACCGAUGCCACUAAUUACAUAUCAAAACUCGUCAGACUCUGUCAGGAUGAUAUGCAUUAUUAUUCGUACACUGAGAUACCAGUUGAGUGUAAGAAUCAGGGGAGAAAUUAUAAUCUCGUUCAGGCUGCUUAUGUUGGUAAAGCUGGCUCUGUACUUGCUGGUGCACUUGGAAUAACAGCUCAGGAUGAUGUUUUGUAUGCUGUAUUUGCUGAGAGUGAUGUACCAACUAGUCCGAGACCGAGUAAUCAUUCGGCGCUGUGUGUUUAUACGCUCAAGAAUAUCAGGAGAAAGUUCAUGAGGAAUAUACAGAAGUGCUUCAGUGGUGAUGGACAACGCGGACUCGAGUUCAUAUCGCCGAGUCACAAAUGCGUCCUUACGAAACUCCAAACAAUCGCUGAGGAUUUUUGCGGUUUGGAUGUGAAUACACCGCUGGGUGGACAAGAGCCAAUGACCGCUGUUCCAGUGUUAACAUUCGAUACACUAUUGACCGCCGUAGCAGCAACUUCAACUGGCGAUUUUACUGUAGUUUUUAUUGGCACGCAACAUGGUCAUCUGAAAAAGGUGGUGGUUGAGAGUGCAAGCGGUGCCCAGGAGUACGGUGACCUGGAGAUUGACGCAGACUCACCAGUGAACCCUGACCUCCUGUUCGAUUCUCAACAGCCGCCGAUGCAUCUCUAUGUGCUAACCGACAAGAAAGUAUCAAAGGUUAAGGUGCAAGAAUGCUCAGUUUACAAAACGUGCUGGGAUUGCUUGGGUGCCAAGGAUCCCUACUGCGGCUGGUGCUCAUUGGAGAACAAGUGUAAUCUCAGAAGUGACUGUCAGGAUGCUGCCAACGACCCACUCUACUGGAUAAGCUACAAGAGUGGCAAGUGCACGACGAUAACGACUGUAACACCGGAGCUACUCCAGAAAACCACAGCAAGAACUCUUGAUCUUAUCAUUGAUAAUCUGCCGACGUUGAAUGGAGAUUUCCUGUGUGCAUUUUCAGCUCUCGAUAAGACACUUAUCACAAAUGCCACGAGGAAGUCGUACGGUGUCAACUGUACAACACCAAGAACUGAUCUACUUCCAUCGAUACCAUCUGGACAUCAUCACUUCACUGCUAAACUGUCAGUCAGAAUGACAAAUGGUCCUGAUCUUGUUGCCACUAAUUUUACAUUCUUCGAUUGCAACACGUACUCAUCAUGCACCGAGUGUGUCUCAUCGAAAUUUCCAUGUGAUUGGUGUGUCGAUGGUCACAGAUGUACACACGAUACAGCUGCCAAUUGUCGAAAUGACAUUCUCGUCACUGGUGUCAGUAGGAUGGGACCGAGUUACAGAAGUGGACCUGCAUUCUGCCCAACGAUAAAUGCUACCGACUCGCAGGAGAUUCUUGUGUCUUCGGGAAUUAAAAAACCUAUUCGGGUUAGAGUUCAUAUCAUAGGGCAAUUCAUCAUCCAAACGAGAUUCGUCUGUCAAUUCAACAUCGAGGGUCGAGUGACAAGUGUAAACGCCCGCCUCCUGGCCGACACGAUCUACUGCGAGGAGAUGGAGUUCUCGUACACCUCUCGAACGCCCAACAUAACAGUUCCCUUCGCUGUGAUCUGGGGUGGUUCCAAGCCACUGGACAACCCCGACAACAUCCACGUGGUGAUCUAUCGUUGUCGAGACAUGGCCGAUAACUGUGGAAUGUGCCUGGCAAUUCCCCCGAAGUACGGAUGUGGCUGGUGCCAGAGUACUGACAGAUGCGAAGUUAAAGAACAGUGUGGCAGAGGCUCUGGAAUCUGGUUGAAUCGAAACCAGACGUGUCCCAAUCCAGAGAUCCACUCGUUCGAGCCGAUGAUGGGGCCCUGGGAAGGCAACACCAACGUCACAAUCAGGGGAAUCAACCUGGGUAAAACCUUCAACGACAUUUACGCAGGUGUGACAGUAGCUGGAGUUGUAUGUCAACCCUACGAGCAACUCUACAUUCGCACGAAGCAGAUCACCUGCAGAGUGGACGGUCCUGGCUCGAAGAAGCUCGAAGUUGGCCCAGUAAUAGUCAAGAUCGAGAACUACAGGGGCCAGUCUAAAGACAAUUACGAGUUCGUUGACCCAGUGAUCGACAAUAUAUCACCAAGGUAUGGUCCAAGGAGUGGAGGAACGAUCGUCAAGAUAACGGGGAAAUACAUGAACGCUGGCAGUGAAAUUCGAGUGACAAUAGACGAACUCCCCUGUUCGGUAAUAUCAGCUGAGUUUAACGAGACCCUCUGCAUGACAUCAGCCAGCAAUAUCAAUCGAAAUGGCACACUGCUGAUGACAUUCGACGGUAGAAAUCGAACGUACAACGGCUAUUUCGAGUACGUUGACGAUCCGACAAUAGAAUCAGUGGAGAGUGGUGUGGCAGGACAGAUGAAAAUACCCAAAGGAAUUCCAGCUGGAGGAAUCAAGAUAUCAGUAACUGGAAAAAAUCUUGGAUACAUUCAAAAUCCCCAGAUGUACGUGUACUACGACGAGAAGAUGUUUGUCUCCAGGUGUGACGUACUGAGUCAGACGAGCAUGGAUUGUCGCUCCCCAUCGAUCGAAGUCCCCGAGAACGUGGGGCUAGAUGCAGAGCGUCCACUAGCCCUCGAGUACGGUUUCAGAAUGGACAAUGUCACUGGUGUGCAAAAUCUAUCCCAGAAUGGUUUCAAUCACUUCUUGUUGUAUCCAAAUCCCAUCUACGACGAGUUCGACGAGGAAGUCAAGUACUACAAAAGUGAUUAUCUCACGAUCAAUGGACAGCACUUGGACAGGGCGAGUCAGGAAUCCGAUGUGAUUGUCCAGAUUGGCAGCACUUACUGCAACGUCACGUCUCUGUCCAGGCAGCAGUUGACCUGCAGGCCACCACCAUCACAACCACCUGCCCUGAGUGCUGAGGGACUCCCUGAUAAGCAAGAGCUACCCGAGGUGAUUGUCAUCGUUGGCAAUACCCUGAGGUUCAGCAUCGGAAAGAUGAGUUAUGCACUUCCAGCUGGACUCAAUGGACCUCUAUCCAGACCAGCACUCAUCGGUGUCAUCGCUGCUAUCAUCAUUCUUGUGUUCAUCUUCAUUGCUUUUCUCAUUGCCUAUAGGAGAAAAUCCACCGAGAGCAAUCGUGUCCUCAAGAAUAUGCAGGAGCAGAUGGAUAUCCUCGAGUUGAGAGUAGCUGCUGAGUGCAAGGAGGCAUUCGCUGAAUUGCAGACUGAGAUGACUGAUCUCACUGGGGACCUCACCAGCGGUGGCAUUCCCUUCCUCGAUUACAGAACGUAUGCCAUGAAGAUUCUCUUCCCCAAUGUUGAUAAUCACGUUGUUCUCCAGUGGGACAGACCCGAGCUACAGAGGAAGGAGAAGGGGCUCAGGCUGUUUGGCCAGUUGAUUAUGCAUAAGACGUUUCUACUCCUGUUUGUCAGGACUCUCGAGAGCAAUCGCUACUUCUCGAUGAGAGACAGGGUCAAUGUUGCUAGUUUAAUCAUGGUUACACUACAGAGUAAGAUGGAGUACUGCACGGAUAUAUUGAAGACACUACUUGCGGAACUCAUUGAGAAGUGCAUGGAGGGCAAGAGUCAUCCCAAAUUGUUGCUGAGGAGAACGGAGAGUGUGGCUGAAAAAAUGUUGUCCGCGUGGUUCACAUUUCUUUUGUACAAAUUUAUGCGCGAGUGUGCUGGCGAGCCACUCUACAUGCUAUUCCGUGCUAUGAAGCAGCAGGUUGACAAGGGUCCUGUUGAUUCAAUCUCAUCAGAAGCCCGUUAUUCCCUCUCCGAGGAGAAGCUCAUAAGACAGUCCAUCGACUUCAAGCCAAUGACUGUCUAUGUGACAAUUGCUCAGCAGACGGUGUUCAGCAAUCUUGAUCCUACAACGGAGAAUGUGCCAGUCAAGCUGCUUGACUGUGACACAAUUUCUCAAGUGAAGGAGAAGGCAUUAGAUACUAUUUAUCGUGCCACUCCGUACAGCCAGCGGCCGAGAAAAGAGGAUCUUGACCUCGAAUGGCGAACAGGUGCAUCAGGAAGACUGAUCCUCUACGACGAGGACACAACAACAAAGACAGAGGGUGAAUGGAAAAAACGAAAUACUCUGAAUCACUACAGAGUACCAGACGGUGCAUCACUGAGUUUAGUCUCAAAACAAUCAUCAAUCUACAAUCUAUCGAUAUUGUCGGAGAAAACGGACAAGUCACACAAGUACGAAACGCUCAAUUUAAGUAAAUUCAGCUCAGCGAGUCCACCACUGUCACGUGCUACAUCCCCACUAAACCACGAUCACGACGGUGGUCUCAAGGUUUGGCACUUGGUUAAGCAUCACGAUACAGAUGCCCAGAAAGAGGGUGAACGUGGUAACAAGAUGGUAUCAGAGAUAUAUCUCACGAGGUUACUCGCUACCAAGGGUACCCUGCAGAAAUUCGUCGAUGAUCUGUUUGAAACAAUAUUCAGCACUGCACAUCGUGGAUCUGCACUGCCACUAGCUAUUAAAUACAUGUUUGAUUUUCUCGAUGAUCAAGCUAUUCAUCAUGGCAUAUCUGAUCCUGAGGUUGUACACACGUGGAAGAGUAAUUCACUUCCACUUAGGUUUUGGGUCAAUCUUAUCAAAAAUCCAAACUUUGUGUUUGAUAUACACAAGUCCAAUAUUGUCGACUCCUGUCUCUCUGUUGUUGCACAGACGUUUAUGGAUAGUUGUUCGACGUCUGACCAUAGGCUAGGCAAAGACUCACCGAGUUCCAAGCUGCUUUACGCAAAAGACAUUCCAGUGUACAAAGAGUGGGUAGAGCGUUACUAUUCGGAUAUUAAAACCAUGCCAGCAAUAUCUGAUCACGAUAUGAAUGCAAUGCUAGCUGAAGAAUCAAGAUUACACACGACAGAAUUCAACACGAAUUGUGCCCUGUACGAGCUCUACACAUACGCAGGAAAAUACAACGAACAAUUAAUAGUAACUCUCGAGGAGGAUGAGUUCUCCCAGAAGCAGAGAUUGGCGUACAAACUCGAGCAGGUGCACAAUAUAAUGGCAGCCGAUGCUAAUCCCUGAUGUCCCGUUAUACCAACCAAGUAUCCGACAAAGCCCAGGCACGAGUGGCCCUGCUGAGGACCUGUCGACACUUGGUUACGGAUUUAAUUGCCAUAAAAAUUUCAAUUAAAAAACGAUAAAACGUGGCCUAACGCUAUCAAGAACGUUGUGACGUCGACGCCAGAACAGAAAGAGCAAUGAACAAUUCGUAAGAACAAUUUUUCCCCCUCGUUUUUUUAUUUAAUUUCGUCAAAAUCAAAUUGUUUUCUAAUCGUUCGAAUUUUGUGAUGCAAUGCGUGAGAUAAACGACAAGUGAAGUGAGAGAUGAACUCACGUUUUUAUUAAUUAUUAAGAUAAAGUGCGCGCAACGUUCGAAAAAAGAAAUUGUGUAUCGAAAUAAUAAUAGGUGUUUCAUAAAUGAGUACUAAUUAACAAAGAAUGAAAUAAAUUUUAAUGAGAUAAAAAAAAAAUUGUAAAAGCACAUACGACAAAGUCUUCUGGAAGGCCGCUGGCUGGCAGGUGUGACUAAUUAUCAUCGCACUUACCAGAUAAUUGUAAAUAUACCAAAUUAAUUUAAAUAACAAAUGAUAUUGCAAUAGGGUUAUUAUUGAAAUCACGCUCACACUCCGGCGGCCGACGAAUAUAUCGUCAUUUUGCUAUUGUCGAUCGUCGAGUUGAUGGCGAUGAGAAAUCUUAUGAACGAGGGUUUUAAUGAAACAAAGUAAUUAUUUGGGGAUGAUAAUUUUCAUUGAUCAAAUGGGAGUGAAUGAGAUUAUUUGAAAUCAGUCGUUCAAUUAUGAAAUUUGUAAAUUGUGUAACUGAUCUAUCCGCGCCACGUGCCCGAUGUCAGCGACUGACGACUGAUGUUUUUGCAAAAUUGUCAAGGUUUUCAAGGUGAACGCAAACAUUUCCAUCCACGCAUUUGUUCAAAUAAUAAUUAAUAAAGGAAGAGGUGAGGUGUAACGAGUCGACUUGCUCUCUAGUCGAGUUUUCGAGGGAUAUCUUUGAAUCCAAGGGAGAUAGCGAAUUUUUUCUUAGGACCUUUUUGUGGGGGUGGAAUGAGAGGAACAAAAAAGGUUCUGACAAAAAUUUUGGUAUCUGUUUUGGAUUCAGAGAUAUUCAUCGAAAACAUACUUGCUAGCUAAACCUACUUGUUAUCUUUUCACUUCUCCGUUAUUGAUUAAUAAGCAGAAAAUUCCAGUUGAGGGGAAAACACGAAAUGAGUGAAACGUAAAUGUCGAUUUGUCUCGUUAACGAGGGAUUCUAGAGAGAAUGAUCAAUAGGGUCCAGUGUUUUCGAGAUAAUCGUGAAAUUCCAUCACUCAAAUGAAUAUUGACUGGUCCGAAUUCACCGGAUUGCGAUAAAUUAGUGUACGAAAAAAGAAACUAGUUAAAUAAUUGAUAUGAAAAUAUAUAUAUAAGAUUGGAUGGUCAUUAUGUAUAUGUGUACAUAUAUACACUUUAAUCAAAUGCUCGGCGCAUUGGAAAAUUAAUAAUUAAUAAUUCAUAAGAAAAACGCAUGUGUAUGUAUAUAUAUGUGUGCGUGCUGUGCCCUUCCGUAAACAAAAAAACAAUGAUAAAUAAUAUUGUCGCGAUUAUAAAUAUAUAUUAUAUAUAGACGCACACACAUUCGAGAUUCGAGGAUAAUGAUGGAGAUACGAAAAAGAAUGGGGGAGGAUAAUGAAACAUACGUGAACAGAACGUGAACAAUACGUGAACAAUACGUGAACAAAAAAUGUGGAAUACGAUCUUUUUCGAGAAUAAUGAGAUGGUGUAUUAGUUGAUAGGUAAUUUUACUACGAAUAAAUAAAUGAGUAAAUAAAUUGAUAUGGACUUAUGGUCACGCGUGCGCGAGGCCAGCUCGAUGUGACGGUUGUGUUGAGUGUGCGUGCUUCCCUCUUCCUAAUUAAAAAAAAUUCCGAUUUAAUACCUCUCAACCCCCAGCCCCUCCCCACCCCACCACUUCCACAUUCCCACCCCAACAACUAUUUCAUUUCUGAGGGAAACACUGACUUGUAACGAUCAUCGAUAUCUCUCGAAGACAAUUGAAAAAUAAUAGUUGAUAUUUUCCUCAGAAUGUCAUCCCCCAGUGGAGCUGACUAAAAGGAUAAAUUUAAAGUAAAUAAACAAAAAAUCUGCCAUAUAUUCUUUCAAUAUCAUCGAAUCAUCAUCAUCAUUACCAUUAUCAUUAUCAUAAUUCAUGAAUACUCGUCGCCUGUAAUUGUCAUCAAUGCUCAUUAUUGUAAUAAAAUGAAGAAUACGCGACAGUCUCUCGUGUUACUAAAGAACAAGAAAAUUCACCUCUAAAUACUCCUAAAUGAAAACAUAAAGAAAAAAACAAAGUACCACCUUUUGUGCCACUCCUAAAUAUGCUUCAACGCCUCCGUCGUCAUGUUGUUGUCACUCUUAAUUAAUUAAUUGUAAUAUAAAUAAUGGAAAUAAUGAAAAGAUAAAAAAAAAUCACUGUUGAGUAUUGUCAUGAUUGUAAUACAUUGAUAUUGAAUUGAUAUGAAUUGAUAAUCAUUAAUUAAACGUAAAAGGAAGAAUAACAACAAUUAAACUCUGUGGAUGUAGCCAUAUACGAUUCAGUGUGACAGAACAAUUAUUUUAUAAAUUCAUUACUUCUUUCAUUCUAUCUCAUGAUUUAUUUCUUUCCAAUUUUUUUUUUUUAUUGAUUUGAUGGGUGCGAAUUCGGACGCGGUGCGAAUGGAUCGGUGCGACUGUCUAAUUUCUUUUUAUCUCGAAUUGUGUGAUUGUGUGUGUCAACAAGUGCGUCAAUUUCAAUGUGCAGUUGUUCGUGGAGAAAGUAUUUAUUGCUCAAAAAUGAAUAAAGAAAAAUGAAGGCGAAGAGAACAUUAAGAAAAUUAAAGAGGAAAUGAUAAAAAUGGGUAAAUAAGGAGGAAAUGGUAACGAGUGGGUAAGACAGGUGAAACAAUAUCGAAUGGAAAACGACAGUGAGGGGGAGGUAAUUAUGGGCACUCAUUAAAAAUAUGAAAAAUUUGAUGAAAACUCCGGUGAAGGGAGAAACAUUAUUUAUCUGAAAAAAAUCGAACAUCUUUCACAGAUAAUAGAGCUUUUAUAGCUGACAAAAUCUUCAUUGAAAAUAUCUCGUGACAUUAUUGCUAUUAUCUCGACAAUGAGUGAUUACAGAGAAAAAAGUGACAAUUCAUUUUCGCAAAGAACGAAAAUUCCUGCGAAAAAGUUGGUAUGCUAUUUACUCGUAAAACCACUGAUACUCAAGAUAAUUUAGCGUUUAACGAAUCGUUUUAUCAGUUUACGUUUUAUAAUUAAAUAUCAAAUGAUCACGAAUAAUAGCAAAUGAAUAAAUAAAAAAGAAUACAGUGCCCCUCCCCUGCGCACGCCGACUUCUAAAUGGUACUAAUAAACCCAAAGUGCCUCUGGUAGAUUUUUGGGCAUAAGCUUGAGUAAUGAAAAAAAAAUGAAGAAACUAUUAACAUUUAUUAAAGGAAUGCGAAAGGAAAGGCUAAAGACACAAACCAAUAAAUGAUAAUAACGACGAAAUGAAAUAAACAAAUGAAACGAGAAUAAACCACUGCGUAUGCACAUGAGUAUACAUAUCAUGUUCAAAAUUGCGUCGUGCCACGUGUGUAUGUAUACCGUGUGCAUGUGAAUUUUUUAGGAUAGUUUAUAGGAUAGUCGAUAGUAGCCUAGUCUCUGUGUCUGUGUGUCUGUCUGUACUACCCCCCAGAAAACCCUCCCAGGAGAGUCUUUACCCCCGUCGAUUUGCCACUCCCCAUCAUUGCAAAUGCCCGACGAAUCCCUCGAUAACUAUUACAUGGAUACAAACCAAUAAAGAAUUAAUUACUGAUGAAUUUAAUGAGCUUCUUUGCCAUAUCUCAACUCCAAAAGCAUCAAAAUUCCUUGGAUUCUGGGUUGAAGGGGUCAAACGUGUUAAAACAAAAUUAUCUCAUUGCUGGAUGAGAAAAUGAUUCCAUGAGAAAAUGUCAAGUAUCUUUUUUAGGGGGAAUUUCAUCAAUUACCAAAAAGCUCUUGACAUUUUAUCUCCUAAACCACUUGUUCCCGAGAUCAUUGCUGCGAUAUCAAAGGAAAUAAAUAGCAUUCCACUCGCGUUUCAUCUCGUUGUCACUUCAAUGCAGAAUAAAUUAAACAUUUUAUUGAAAUUAUCAAAUUUCCUCCUCCUCCACAAGUAAAUUGGCACCUUUGCUGAGUGAAUAUAAAUAUCGAUGGUUCCUUAAACUAAUUAAAAUCUUCAAUUGAAAAUGUAAACUCCCCAUUUCCAAAAUUUGUAAAAUUCAUUCGAAAUAAAGUAAGAUGUGUACUUUACCGUUUAAUGCGGCUUGCUGCCCAGCAGUCUACCGUCGUGUGCGCAAAACGUAACAAUAAACCAACGUAAAACAAAUUAAUUAAAAAAAACCGACAAGGAUAAUUGAUUAAUAAGAAAACACUGUGCUGAUGUAUGCGCCUAGGGUAACGAUUCGUUAUUUUUCCUUGAAUUGCCUGAUUGUAAGUUUCUGCGUUGAGUGAUCUUGAUGUUUUAUCCAUCAGUUGAUUGCAAUUGUUCCAUUGGAAUUCCAGUGAGAAUGAAUUAUUUUACUAUUUCAACGACUCAGUGCUGGAAUUACCUCGAUGAUCAUUUAUUUUUCGAUGAAAACUUCGAUACAUUUUUGCCGAAAAAUACUCAUCACCGAAGUAAAACACUUUACUGCAAACAUUUUUUUUCGCAAACACACUGAUUUAGAAAGGCGAAAAAAAAAACAUAAUUGAGAGAAUAAUUAAUUUGUGUGAAAGAAAUUUGUAUGGAGUGAAUGUCCAUGGACUGUGUAAGACUGAGAGAUGCAGCGAUUGGAGAUUUUUACGUUUUUUUCAAUAUUAAAAAUGGGAUUGAUCUCCUCUCGCCGCUCAUUUUUACGUCAUAAAUUCAUUCAUUACGAUUAUACAUAAAGAAAAAUGAUGGUGAAAAUAGUAAUGCAUCCAAUUCACAUGUUUACGUAUUCCGUUUAAUGAUAGUCAUGUUUUAGUUUUUACCUUUCGUUCGUUAUACUUUUCUUUAUAUCAAUGAAGGAUAA